GGGUUAAAAUCAGGAUUUGGUCUAGGCCGCAAAGUAUAUGAUUUCCUCCGGCCACUCUAAAUCGGAUACUUCGCAUACCUAUAUGGGGUACAUCGGAUAGUGGUGACGUUGAAUCUGGGCCAUCGUCGAUUGAGCAUACCAUGACACGCAUGUAGGUAACGUAAAUGUUAGAAAUCUUGAUCCUUUACGUCUUUUCGCAGCGUUCUGGUCCUUCCCAGCCACACGCCCCUCGAAUUCAUAUAACAAUCCACUUUACUGUACGCUAAGCUAUAUUAUAAGACUUACUACUGCAGCACUCUUGACUCAAGAUCGGUCUCACAUUCUACCUACAUACCAAUCCAUAAGAGCAUAGAUCAAGAAACAUAAUGUCGUCUUCAAGCGUCGACGAGAAGCAGCCUCAGCGACAGCCGACGGUCGCCCAGGAGUCCGACCAAUCGGACGCCUCCGAGCAGAUGUCCGAAACCUCGCGACCACCUCGCACCCGCCGUCGCAACCGUCGUCGCCCCGGGUCCGUCCAGCCGCUCCAGCCGCAAGAGGACCAGCAGAUGCUUCAGCAGAGGCAGCAGCAACAGAUGAUGCAGCAACAGCAGCAGCAGCAGAUGGUACAGCAGCAGGACCAGGGUGGGGGUAAAUCCGACACGCUCCGACUCCGUCUCGAUCUCAACCUCGAGGUCGAGGUCACGCUGAAAGCACGCAUCCACGGAGACUUGACAUUGGCACUAUUGGACACUUAAGUUGCCGCUCGAAAGUGAAAUGUUACGAAUAUCACGAUUAUUGAACGAGGCGAGGCGAGGCGAGGUUUGUGGCUAUGAAGAAUGGAAUGGAAAAUGAUAGGAUGAGUUUCAAGACAAGUCGCAAUACUGGAAAUACUUGCAUUCUUGUUAGGUCUGCUUUCUUUUUUGGUAGCAUGUUUUUUAAUCGAUCAGUCUUUGGUUUUCAUGCGUUCGACAAAAACAUACCUAGCUAAUUACAUGUUCCCUUAAAUCUACGACUUGUUGCAGAA